AUGUCAGAUAGAGUACGACUAAAGGGUCGUUUUAUCAAGAAAAAAGUGCGUGAUAAACAAGUGAAAGCCGUGGCGGCUAUGCGUGAAGCGCAUCUUUCGAAAAACGUGCCAAGAUCCCCGCCUAACCUCAAAUUUUCGUUCGACGGUAGACGUAUUGUCGACAUGCAAUACCUUUCGGAACAUUUGAAAUGCAUGAAAUGCAAAAAAGAUAUUUUUUUGAGGAAUACGGUAGAGGAAUCGCGAAUGGGUUUGAACUGUAUUCUAAAUAUUUCCUGCGAAGAGUGUUCAACGUUGACACGAGUGCACACCGGAAAAAUGCAUGGCACAGGAGAAAAUAAAAAUCGAGCCGACGUCAAUACGAAAGCUGUGUUGGGUGCUGUCCACUCCGGCAUUGGGGAAACAGCUUUGAACAAGCUAUUGGCCUGUUUGAAUGUUCCUCCGAUAUCAGCAAACCUGUACAAGAGAUAUGAACGGGAAAUCGGGCCAGCUAUAGAAGCUGCUGCAAAAGACUCAUGUCGAGAAGCUGCGAAGGAAGAAAAACAAUUAGUCAUAGCUAAUGUCGACAAGUUAUGUCAGGAGAUGUAA